AUGACUCCAGAGUUCUCGUCAUAUGUCCAGAUUUCUGAUUGCCACCUCAGGACCAUGUGCUUGUAUGUUGUAUUGUCGUCUUUUAGAGUUUUAUCUCGUGUCCUUCAUCCAUCUUGUUUGCAUUGUAGGAGUCAGUUUAGGAGUCAUUUGAGUCUAGAGUCACAUUCUUGGAGGAGAGUUGGAGGACGAUUGAUCAGAGCAGAUUCAUAUCCGAGUUUAGACAGUUCAGUUGAGAUGUCAGACGAGCUAGCUUCCACACUUGCUUCCAUUCAGGAGUUCAUGGCCGGAGUCAGUAGGCGCUUGGAUCAGUUAGAGAGUUCUCGCCAGGAUCCUCAUCCGGCUGGCAUGGUCACUGACAAGACGAUUCCUCAUGCAUCUCAGACAGCACAGACUCGUCCACCUGGGGUUUCACUUGGUACUCCAUUCCAUCUGGCAGAUCAUUAUGAGAUCAUUCCACCACCUACUGUCAUAGUGCCGCCUCCCAUGGUUUCUACUAUUGAGGAUACUCGAUUGGCCGAGCAGGAGGCCAAGGUUGAGAGGCUUGAGUCCAUGAUGAGACAGAUCAGAUUGCAGGACAGAGGUUUGACUUGGGAUGAUAGAGAUGGCAUACCGGCGGCUAGCUUGCCCGCCAAGUUUCGCAUGCCAGACAUUGAGCGCUAUAGUGGGAUUGAUUGUCCCAAGAUCCACUUGAGACUAUACAGCACAGUUAUGAGAGCACAUGGGAUAGAUGAUGCACAGUUGGUGGCCCUCUUCCCGAUGUCACUUAGUGGGGCAGCUCAGAGGUGGUUUGCUUCAGUUGAGCCUUCGAGACUUCGCACCUGGGAGGAUGUGGCUCAUGAGUUCCUGACUCAGUUCGCUUUCAGUGCCGAUAUUGAUGUAUCCAGACGAGAGUUAGAGGCCACUAGACAGAGGCCAGAGGAGUCUAUUCCUUCAUUUGUCACUCGUUGGAGGGCAAAGGUGGCUGGUAUGGUAGAUCGGCCUAAGGAGCAGGAUCAGAUUGAUAUGGUUCUUCGGAACCUACAGCCGAGUAAGGGGAAGAAGCUGAUUGGGCCAUUUAGUAGAUCUGGAGAGGUUGGCGCUAUUAGUUAUCAGCAUCGGAGGCCUACGCAUCACUCACUUUAUAGGCCUCCUACAGUCAAGGCUCAUUUCCCUCAUCCACAGUAUCAGUAUCAGCCGGAUUAUGUUCAGGAGCCUUACAUUGCUCAGACCAGCAUGCAGCCACGACCUUCGCAUCCGAGAGCCACUACUCACCCGCCGCCUAGACCCUAUGCACAGAGGGCCGCGAGACAGUUCACUCCUUUGGGCAUGACUUUGACUAGAGCUUUUGAGAAGCUCAGGGACGCUGGAGUGAUUGUUCCUUUGGCGCCGAGGCCUUUGCCCCAUCCUAUUCCUCCUCAUUUCCGUUCACAUGAGCACUGCUUGUAUCAUCAGAUUCUGGGGCACGAUACUGAGCGUUGUUCAGCACUCCAUCAUGCGAUACAGGACUUGAUUGAUUCGGGGUUGGUCGACUUGGCUGGGCCAAAUGUGACCACCAAUCCUCUGCCUACGCAUUCUACACAUGCAGUCCCUCCUCCUCAUAGUCUUCAGUAG